GCUCCUCACCACCCGGAAAUUAGAUGGUCCCGCAGUUUCCUGUUGGAGAGCAUAGAGAGUUACAGUUUGGAUUGGGCUAUGCAGAGGGGAUUCAGGUGAUCAAGCUUCAAUGUAGCGAAGAAAAAGUCUCCUGGGACCUCUGUAAAGUCACACAUUCACUUAUAACAGAGUCACGGAACUAAUUCACUGAGGAUGGACAAGGACCAGAAUAACAUGACUGAGAUGAUAAUAAACCUCACCCUGGAGAUCAUCUUCCUACUGUCUGGGGAGGAUUAUACAGUAAAGAAGAAGACAUCCAAUGGGCGUGUCACACCCAGCAGCAAAUACCAUAUAUCAGGGGGACUGAGCAGGAUCCAGAGCCCUAUCCCGGUGCCUCCACCUCACUCACUGAUACAUGAGAGACACAAUGACCAGAAGAUCCUGGAACUGAACAACAAGAUCAUCCACCUGCUGACUGGAGAGGUGUGGCAGCAUGUGUACAGGAAAAAGGAAUAUUACAAGGACGUGACUGCGGCAGAAGACCAGACCAUGGGAUCACUGGAUACCAGAGCUUCAGAUGGCGGAGUUCCAUAUUGCAUUCAGUCUGGAGGGUCUAUCGGUGAAGAACAAAGUGCCACUGAAGAUAACCGUGGUUCAAGACACCCCUCAUCGCACGAAGCAGUCAUUAACAAUUCAUUGGAAGACAACAGUUAUAAAGCAAUGUCAAGCCCGGAAGAGAAAAUCACAGAUCUUUGUACACUCACCGGUGAUACACAGUAUACCCGUACUCCUAUUAAGAAGGAACUGGACUCCUGCGAACAAGGAGACCUCGCAGGCACUGAUAUUUAUACUCCCACAGGUCAUUAUACAUCUCCUAUUAAGGUGAGGUCAGUCUCCGACGAACAGGAAAAUCUUGCCACGAAUAUUCAUACAUCCAUAGAUAAUAUAUACACUGCAUCUACUCCUAUUAAGACGGAAUCAAUCUCCGGUAAGGAAGGAGAUCUUACGGACACUGCCAUUUAUAAUCCCACCUGUGCUAUACCAUAUACAUCUACUUAUACUAAGGAGGAAACCAUAUCAUGUGAUGGAGGAGACCUCAGUGAUAAUUAUUCUCCCACAUAUCAUACACCGUAUUCAUCUACUCAUGGUAAGGAGGGAUUGGUCUCAUGUGAUGGAGAAGACCUCACGCACACUGACCUGUAUACACCCACAGGUCAUACACAGUAUACAUCUACUCAUAGUAAGGAGGAACCAGUCUUAUGUGAUGGAGAAGACCUCACACACACUGACCUGUAUACACACACAGGUCAUACACAGUAUACAUCUACUCAUAGUAAGGAGGAACCAGUCUCAUGUGAUGGAGGAGACCUCACACACACUGACCAGUAUAAACCCACAGGUCAUACACAAUAUACAUCUACUCAUAGUAAGGAGGAACCAGUCUCAUGUGAUGGAGGAGACCUCACACACACUGACCUGUAUACACCCACAGGUCAUACACAAUAUACAUCUACUCAUAGUAAGGAGGAACCAGUCUCAUGUGAUGGAGGAGACCUCACACACACUGACCUGUAUACACCCACAGGUCAUACACAAUAUACAUCUACUCAUAGUAAGGAGGAACCAGCCUCAUGUGAUGGAGUAGACCUCACUGAUAAUUAUGUUCCCACAUAUCAUACACGGUAUACAUCUACUCAUAUUAUAGAGGGAUCAGCCUUGUGCGAUGGAGAAAACCUCACAAAUACUGCAAUUUGUACACCCACAGGUCAUACACAAUAUACAUCUACUCAUAUUAGGAAGCGAUCAGUCCCGCGUGUGGGAUAUUUCCUACACAACGACAUUGCUACACCCACAGAUCAUACACCAUAUACCUCCACUCAUGCUAAAAACAAACAAGUAGAUCUCACAGACCGUUCUAUUGAUACACACAUGAAAAAUACGCAUCAUAUAGUAAACAACGCCGGAGAACAUGAGAAGGCAGAAAGCCGUCAACACAUGAGAAGCAGAAAAGUAUCAUUAAAGAGUCCUGGAUAUAGUAAAAGCCUAAAAAACACAACUUGUCCGCCUGCCCAAACAGCACAAAAGACAUUCGUCUGCUCUAAGUGCUACACCUGCUUUCCAAGCAAAUCGGAUCUUCAGACGCAUCAGAUAAGCCACAGGCGGGGGGAAUCCCUUAUAUGCUCUGAGUGCGGGAAAAGCUUCGCCUCCAAAACCAACCUGGCAAAACAUCAGGGAAUCCACACCGGGGAGAAGCCCUUCUCCUGCGCCGACUGCGGGAAGCGGUUUCGGGAGAAGCACUGCCUGCAGCUGCACCAGAAGGUCCACACGCGGGAGAACCUCUUCAGCUGCCCCCAAUGCGGGAAAUGCUUUCUGCAGAGGUCCGACCUCUCCGUACAUCAGAGGGUCCACACGGGAGAGAAACCCUUCCCGUGCACAGAGUGCGGCAAGCGCUUCACUCAGAAGAUCCAACUUACCCGCCACCAAACCAUUCACACCGGAGAGAAGCCCUUUUCCUGCCCAGAAUGCGGGAAGAGCUUCCGACUCAAGAACAUGCUCUGUAAUCACAUAAAAACCCACAAAUAGGCUCUAUCUCAUUCUCUGAGUGUGAGGAACAUCUUCUGGAGAUGUCUGGUCUUUCCACGUGUCGAAAACUUCACAGGGGGCAGAAAUCGUUGGUGUUUUUCAUAGGCGUUUCCAAAAAGUUUUUCAAAAAUAUUUAUAACAUAUUUUCCAUGUUUGAUAGCUUAGUACAAUAAAUGUAAUUUAUACGUU